AUGGUGGCCGCUACACAGUUGCAGCCUCCUGCUUCUUCAGCUUCUUCAACAACGGCCAAUACAACCGACGUCGAGUCACAGCAGAUAAAUGCCAAGACCUCACACUUCAAUCUAAUUCUUGACCAAGUCGGCCUUACUGACGCUGUUCUUAACUACGACUACCCUGGUCAUGGAACAUCAGACUCACCAUAUCUUGUUGAGUUCCUCCCGAACGACAGUCGAAAUGCAUUGAACUUCUCACGGUCAAAGAAGUGGCUUAUUACGAUCUUGCAGGCCAUAGCAACGUUGGCCGUUACCUUCACCAGUACGGCAUACUCUGGCGGCCUUUCCUCCAUCUUGAUGCACUUCCAUGUCUCAACUGAAGUUGCCAUACUUGGUGUUUCUAUGUUCGUCGUCGGUUUCGCCCUAGGACCUUUGAUUUGGGCACCCCUAUCUGAGCUCUAUGGUCGACAGAUUCCAUUCUUUGUCUCUUUCAUGGCUUUGACUGCGUUCAACGCAGGUGCCGCAGGUGCUCCUACCAUGGCGGCCUUGAUAGUACUUCGUUUCUUUGCUGGUUCUUUUGGAUCAUCGCCAUUGUCCAACGCGGGCGGUGUUAUUGCUGACAUGUUUGAAGCACGAGAUCGAGGGCUCGCUACAGCUCUCUUUGCCAUGGCCCCUUUCCUGGGCCCUACCCUUGGCCCCAUUGCUGGCGGGUUUCUCGGCGAGAGCGAAGGCUGGCGCUGGGUGAUGGGGAUGACCUCAAUUUUCACCGGUGUGGUGUGGAUUGUUAACUCACUGGUGAUACCUGAGACCUAUGGCCCCUAUCUCUUGCGUCGCCGAGCAGCUGUCCUUUCCAAAAGGAGUGGGAAGGUUUAUAUCUCCAAGACGGAUGUUGGUCGUCCUCGCACUACUAUUGCCACACAGUUCAAGACUGGGAUACUUCGUCCCUGGGUCCUGCUAAUCAAAGAACCCAUUGUUCUUCUAACCUCGCUGUACAUGGCCAUCAUCUACGGAACACUAUACCUCUGCUUUGCUGCCUUCCCAAUUGUCUUUCAGCAGGGUCGCGGAUGGAGUCCAGGAAUCGGAGGACUUGCUUUCACUGGCAUCGCUGUGGGAAUGCUAUUUGCAGUUACUGGGACUAUCUUGGACAAUAAAAGAUACGCCCGAGCUGCCGAAGCUGCCGGCGGCCAUGCACCUCCUGAAGCUAGGCUGCCCCCUUCGCUGGCUGGCUCAAUACUUAUUCCAGCCGGCCUCUUCUGGUUUGCCUGGACCAACGGCAAAGAUGUGCAUUGGAUUGUGUCUAUCAUAGGCUCAGCAUUCUUCGCUUGCGGCUUAGUUUCUGUUUUUCUGUCACUUCUGAACUACCUCAUAGAUUCAUACGUCAUCUUCAGUGCCUCAGUCCUAGCUUCCAACUCAGUCCUGCGUUCCCUCUUUGGCGCUGCCUUUCCCCUCUUCACGACAUAUAUGUAUAAAAACCUUGGCAUUCAUUGGGCCAGUUCUGUUCCUGCCUUCCUGGCUGUUGCUUGUAUCCCAUUCCCGUUCUUGUUCUACAAAUACGGGGAAACUAUCCGUAUGAAGUGCGAGUACGCUGCAGAGGCUGCCAACGUCCUUCAAAAGAUGCGCACCAAGCACGAGGUGAUCACGGAGGAUCAGGCCGCUGAGGAGGUUCAUGAGGCCGAGUUGGAGCGACGGGCGAGCAACGCUCUUCGCCGCAGCUUAACAAAGACUCGCACAAGCAAGUCUAUUCAAUGA